AUGAAGCGACAGCCCGGCCUGGGCGCCAUGUCGGCGGUAUCCCACAGAAAAAAGCGGGCAGGUCAGAUUUGUAAUGCAAAAAUAAAUACACAGGAAAAUCAAAAUCUGUCAUGGGCGAGGCCAUAGCAUGCUGUUGAGGGCAUGCAAUACAAUUUUUUUUAUCUAUUUAUUUUUGCAUUACAAAUAUGACCUGCCAGCUUUUUUCUGCGUGAUAGGCGGGCAGAAGUCUCCCCGGCGUGUACCGGAACGGCAUUUUAUCCAGCACAAUUAACUAUGUCUGGCGUUCUGGGAGGGUGAUGACUGAUUUGUCAUGCACCUUGUUUUGCUGGUAACCAGCUAAAAAAAAUCAUGUGGUUCUGAAUGCACAGGAUAGCAUCACAGGUUCUUUUAUGCAGGCCUCGAGAAAUAAGCGCCAAUUCUUUUGAAUGAGAAAUAGCUCGCUGUUCAGGUGACAGCUGCCCACGCAAGACUGACACAGUCAGCAUGACAAGUUUUUGUAUUCUUCCAGAAAAGUACCAGACACGUGGUUCGCAUUUCAUACGUUUGGGCACUGUGCAACCAGGACGGCGAAGUCUGCGUACUGCAUUUUGUGUUUUUUUAUCAUGCGAAGUCGGUUGAAGGUUUUUUCUUGUCAUGCAGAAAGGAUACCUAGACCACCUACAUCGUAUUCUGUAAAUUGCAUAGCCCUGGUUUUUUUUUGUCAUGCGCCGAUGUGUCGAAGUAGUAGUAGUGUUGAUGCCAGUUAACGAUUUUACGACUGUGUUCAACAGUAAAUUGAUAUUUAUUAGUUUUUUUACCUUCCCCCGGAUCCUAAUUCAACAGUUCUCCGUUCGUGUGCAGACUGCCACCGCAAUCGGGGAGCGCGAAGAGGAAAUUGUAGGCAACCAGAAGUACAGUAACACCUACAACCUGUUGCAGCAAACCAGAGAUUAUAAUGGCAGCACCACAAGCAGCACGGGCCAGUUGCCCCCGGGCACGCAGCAAUUUUCCUCCCCCAUCGGCGUCGAAACCGGCAUAACCAUCGUAGAAGAAGGCGGGCUGGAGUUCCACAAAACGUGGGACGGGACCGAGAUCCCCUUUAUGAAGACCGAGCGAGAGGGCGAUCUGGGCCUGUUCCGCCCCACCAGGACCUUCGCGCUGAUGACGAACAAGGGAAUAUAUGUACAGCUUUACUUAAUACUGUAUUCACUUGCUGGUAAUUUUCAUCUUUUUCAUCAUGCCGACUGUGUGUCUGAAUCUGAAGUGCUGCAUGUUUUAUUUGUGCACAUACAUAGAUACCACAGACCACGAGCGGAAAUAGAAUAUACCAAACUGAAAAUACUCACUCCACAAGGUCCUUUCCCUGACGUAUUCGCAACGCGAGGCUUCCCGGAACAUACCGCCCCAGACUGCUCGCGAGUGUUGCCAGUGCUUGGCCAACGGGGAGCAAACGAAGUGGCAGUGGCGCAUGGACGACUUGGAUUUCACGGAGGACGGACUUCUUGUGAACAACGGCAAAUGGCUGGACGGGCUCGGUUUGUUCCUGUCCUCUUGCAUCGGCGAGACCAACCUGUGGCGGCGGCAGAUGGUUCAGUUGGUGGACCAAGACACGGGGUUUCCGCCCGCGAAGGUAAAAAACCAAAUCAUUUAUUCCACCUCCGGGAGGACCAGUGGCUCCUCGUCGUCCUCAAGUAGUACGACUAGCCGACUAAAAAUGAACCCCUUCGCGAGCCGAAACGCGUACUACCGCGUCGGGCUGUCGACGCACCAGGACCAAACGAAAGAGUUGAUCACAAGGCUGACGUAUGCAUCGCAAAUAUGUCUGGGUCUGGAAGGAUCCAAACUUGUCAUGCUAUCUUUGGAUUCUCAAAGAAUCUGUAGUGUAUUGCUAUGACCAGCAAGAGGAGCAGCCCAGAUUGUGCAAAACGCGGAGAGGGCACUUGUCAUGCGGAAUAGGCACCAUCCGGAAGCCUACUUCCAAAAAUCUGUGAUGCUAAGUCAUGCACUAUAGGCAUCGUGCGUCUUGCAAAAUAUGCAUGACAAUCUUCCAGACCCAGACAUAUUUGCAGUUGAUAUGACGCACGCGCUCCAGUUCGCCAAACAGGGGAUCGUGCGGUGCAUAUCGUGAGGAAAAAUCCCCCCUCCCCAUAUCGAAACAAAGUUUCUGAUGCUGGAUUUGCGUACACAAAUCAGAUUUGUCUUGCAGAAAGUGCUUGGCUGCAUUUUCUGAGCCUGUUUGGGUAUGCAGAAGCCUAGCAAUUGCGCAUGGCAAACAGGUUCGCAGUAGUCGAAAGCGCAUGACAGACUUGCUCUGGAAUGCGUAAAAUGGCUACUAUGACCCUAUAAAUAUGCAAGACAAAGACGAUUUGUGACCACAAAUCAGCAUCACAAAUUUCCGUUUUGAUAUGGCGAGGGUGGAUUUUUCAUUUUGAUAGUGCAGGCAGGCCGUGACCAGCGGGAUGGCAGUGGACCAAGGCACUGGCAGUAUAGAAGUAGACCAGGCGAGCGCGAACGGCACGGGUUCGGAUAUGAACUGCAAAAGUAUCGUACUGGUAUGAAUUGCAAUACAAGAAAUCAUCUCAGCAUUACAAAUUAAAUUUGUAAUGCGGAUUUACCUUAACAGCCUAGAUUUGUAAUGCAUGACUGCAGUUAGUACGAGUCCGAUACUUUUGCACUGCAUAUCGGACGUUCCGAUGCAGCGGGAGCGGGAUUUCUCGGUCGAUCCCCUGGAUGAGGAAUUGAUGUUCCAAGAACAUGUGUUCAUGCAGAGCUCUAUCACACAGAAAAAAACUGGCAGGUCAUAUUUGUAAUGCGAAAAUAAAUAGACAAAGAAAAACUGUAUUGCAUAUCCUAAAUAGCAUGCUAUGAGGCCGCCCAUGACAGAUUUUUCUGUGUAUUUAUUUUUGCAUUACAGACAUGCCCUGCCAGCUUCUUUCUGUGGGAUAAACUCCGACUACAAUCCGAUAACCCCACCGGGGGUGGAUCCGAUGACCACCUACGCGACCACGCUGGACGCGCCGACCAUCAAGGCGGAAAUCGGAUACGAUGGGCAGUACCAGUACAAUUGCGUGAACGAAUAUGCAAGAAAAAUAAAACUGUGUAAGUGUAAGUUUGUGAAGCGGAAAAUGCAAAACCGUUUACACUUGUCAUGCCGGAAGUGCGUCAUAGCCACACUUCGUGCGUGUUUUUACGUACUAGCUGCGCAUGACAGGUUUUUUAUGUUAAAUGCGAUCUACGAAUUAUUGGUGAUGGUACUUACUCAUCCUACACAGUCACACUUACACAGUUUUUUUCUUGGAUAAAGAAAACAGCAGUUUCAACCGGCGAAAGGAGAAAACUGCGUUCCGCAACAGCUACUACAGCUCGAAGCUGAAACUGCAGUACUUCUUUCACACACAGUAUGGAUGUGUCAGGAUCGAAAUCGACAAAAUCGAAAAAUUUGUGAUGCGUAAAGUGUAGGGCGCUGAAGGCCUGUAUUGCGGAGCAGGCACAUGAGACCGAUCGUAAGCCUGGCUAGGGGUAUGCAACGUGCUGCCAGAGUAGCAUGACAGGAGCAGUCUUCUUUGCCUGAACCGCAUGACAAACUGGAUUUAGGUACCGCCAAAAUUUGUCAUGCGACACUUGAAAACUGGGCUCCAACUGCUAAUCGAUUUUAUGCAUCACAAAUUUUUCGAUUUUGUCGAUUUCGAUCCUGACAUUCCCAUACGCAGAACUACCGAAGGGUGCAGUCUGUCCUGGUAACUGCGGACCGGACUCUCGAACUGCUUCGUUUUUUCAGCUACGUCAACGAGCACCCGACCUUGCUGAAUUGUCUGGACAAUGUUCUUAUCAAAUGUAAAAAUGUCUGGGUCUGGAAGAAUGCAACUUGUGAUGCUAACUUUGGAUUCUAAAAUUUUUUGUAUUGCAUGACCAGCAAGAGGUGCCUAGUUUGUGCUACGCGGGGAGGGCAUUUGUCAUGCGGGAUAGGCAUCAGGAAGGCCUCUAGAAAUAUGUGAUGCUAGAUCAUGCAUUACAGACAUCAAGAGUCAUGCAAAAUAUGCAUGGCAAACCUGGCAACCUUCCAGACCCAGACAUUUUUACAUUUGAUAGUUCUGAGCAAUGAGAACGUCCGGAAUUUUCACCGAAGUAAAAAUCCUGGCGCGAUGAAUUCUUCCUCCAUGGUGGAGGCGGGCAGAACCGUGGCAAGCAAGAAAGCAACGCGUUUCUAUUAUUGCGAGGAAAAAUCCCCCCUCCCCAUAUCAAAACGGAAAUCUGUGAUGCAGAUUUGUGGCCACGAAUCAGCUUUGUGAUGCUAGAAGGCAAAAGAUGCGGACUGUAGUGCUGUCUAGCGUGGAAAAGCCUUGCAGCUCCAGGAUGACAGGAGGCAGCUGGAAGUGGGAAACAGCAUGACAGACCACCUGCAAUUUAGGCCGCAGCUUCGUCUCUUGGCCUUCUAGCAAUACAAGUCGAUUUGUGUACUCAAAUACAGCAUCACAAAUUCGCGCAUCUUCCGUUUUCGAUAUGGGGAGGGGGGAUUUUUCCUUUUGAUAUCUAUCCCUCGGCGUCGUCCUCGUCUUCGUCAUCCUCUGAUUACAAUGGCGAGAACAAUAAAUCCCGGUUCCAGCAGCUGUUCGAGUUUCUGACCUCGAAGAACCGGAAGCCCCACUACCAGUUGGAAGUGGAUUUUGUCCUGGAGAAUUUGGUACUCGACCCGCAACCCGUGCUGAUCUGGAUGAGCUACAUCAUCGUCUACUACCCGCGACAGUGCGCCGACCUGGCGAAACAAGUCCCGAAACUGUUCUCCAUGGUGGACUGGCAGUCGCCGGGUGUGAGCGAAGCCUGGGCGGCUAGUCGCAAGGUGCCGUUGCCUGGUGCCGGUGGUGGGAGCAGCCCCGCCAACGGAAUGGAAGUGGACUCAAGUACACAUACAUAGAUACAAGAGUUCUUUGUUUCGUGUUUUAUUCAUCUCUGGUGGCGGGUGCUUGUUGAGGCGGUUCUUGUAUGUAGGGUCUAGUGCCUCUACUGGUCGACGUGCCAGUUGUAUAAUCAUAGCAGGUCUUUCUACUUCAUCAUGAGUUGUGAAGAUCAUUCUGUUUGUUCCAUGGCAGGAGCGGUCCUCCUCCUCCUCCCCCGAGGAGCCUGUUUGCAUAUUACCAACCUCAUACUAGUACUUUUCGCACACGACAGGUCCUAUUAACAACACGAGCAGGAGAACGACCGAUUUUGCCCACCGACAUCAAGCAGGCAGAACGUCCGCACAGCAACAGUUGCUGGACUCCAACCAGGUAUCGAAUGCAAAUAUCCCUGGAUCAUGUCCGGAAGGCUGCAAGGUUUGUCAUGCUAGCCUGGCAUGACUCUGAGCGCUGUAUUGCGUAGGGCCAUCGAUGAAACAGCCUUUCAUCCCGUCUGGCAUGCAAAAACGCAGAAGUUUCUCAUGCACAAUAGGCAGCACAGAAGCACGAAAAAUCUUGUCAUGCUUGGCGGUGCAUUACAGUGCACUUAUUCUCGACUGCCUUGCAUUACAAGUUCUUUCCAGACAUCAUCCAGGGGUAUUUGCAAUGCAUACCAGGUUUUAGUAGCCAAUUCCGCGGAGGAGAAAGAGGCAGAGUGGCUGGAGCAGGUGGAAAUCGAGGGGCUUUGUCUAUGCACUGGGAAUACGUCUACUUGGUCUGGAAACUUGCAAGAGUUCUUGUCAUGCUGGUCUGGCAUGACUCGGAACUCUGUAUUGCGUGGCCGCGAAGACGAGCCACCCUUGCCUGUCAUGCAAAAACGCAGUUUCUCAUGCGGAGUACGCAAGAACCCAGAGCCACGGAAAAACUUGUCAUGCUGGGCAGCGCAUUAUCAGGGUGCUCAUUCUUCCCUUCCUUGCAUCACAAGUUCCAGAGGACCCAGACAUAUUUGCAAUGCAUAGUGUCGGUGGAUCCACAAUAUCGACGUGGUGCACUGUUUAUCCUGUGCAAAAGUAUCGUACUCGUAGUAAUCGCAAACAUGCAUUACAAAUCUUGUUCCCAAGGCAAAUCAGCAUUACAAAUUUCAUUUCUCAUGCUGAGGAAACUUGUGAUGCAUUUAUACGAGUACGAUACUUUUGCACAGCAUACUGUUCCAACGACAUUUUGAAAACGCUCGCGGAGAACUUGAAACGAGUGACGAGCAGGUGCGGGGCAGUGCAGAGCUUGGACCUGGUUUUCGCCAAUUGUUUAGUGGACCAAAUCGGCAAGCUGGUGGACGCAGAAACCGGGUCGGUCUUUCUAUCCCCAAAGCGAGCGAAGAUGGACGGGAAGAGGAUGCACGGCAAUCCUACUGUAUCCUAUGUAAAAACACUCUCACCCCAGCGUCAAGCUAGGGAUCUCGCAACACAAGUCGAGAAGUUUUGGGAGUCAAGCAUGACAAGUUCCUCUCUGGAUUGUAGUGCAGUUUAGCAAGAGCAGCCGUGGAUCACGAAGCCGUCUACUCAUCCUGUUCCUGUUUAUAGCAUUACAAAGUCCAAAACAUCAAGAUGGGAAAUGCCUCUCAUGGGGAUGCGCAUUACACAUCUUCCUGUGACUGCAAAUCUGCAUGACAGCCAUGGGGUGGGGACGUUUUUACAUGGGAUAUACUGCGGGCAAGCUGAAAGACAGCUCCAUGAUGCUCCAGCGGGUGUAUUUCUUGAUGGACAGCUAUCUCGCAGCCCUGCUUCCCGGGUCUGCGCCCGUAGCGGGUCCGAGUGUCGUGACGGCGCUUGCGAUAGUACAGCAGCAGCAGCAGCAGCAGCAAUAUCAAAAUGCGAGCAACGCUGCGUCCUCGUUCAAUGAGACGCUAAUUGAGGAGCUUCUAUCAAAUGCAAAAGCGUCUGGGUCUGGAAGAGUGCAAAAUUUCUCAUGCAUAUUUCUCAUGUCCAUGAUGCCUGUGAUGCUUGACCUAGCAUCGCAGACUUUUAGAGGGCCUCCUGAUGCACCUUCCGCAUGAGAAACGCCCUGUCCGUGUAGCAAAAACUGCGCCCCUCUUGCUGGUCAUGCAAUACAAAUUUUUUUGGAGUCCAGAAACAGCAUGACAAUCUUCCAGACCCAGACACUUUUGCAAUUGAUAGCUUUGGACCAAGUGCAAUUCGACUCUAAUUUCUUCCUCGACUGUCGGGUCGUCGGGACCACAACAAGCUGCCUCCUCCUCCUCCUCGCGCGCGCAUCUUCUCCCGCAGCAAACGCAGCGGCAAAUGCAGGACCAGCGGCGGGAGCAGCGACAUCUUACCAUCAUUCGCUACUGCAUCUACGACUUUUUGCUACAGGAGAUCACGUCCAUCGAGUUUUUGCUGAAGAAGUUCGCAACCCGAGCCACGGAGGAAAUCUACCAUUACCUGGAAUCGAGAUAUCUGGACUACAAGGCCAAUGCACUAGACGUGGGGAGAAUACGUAAUGUCUUUGUUUUAGAAGAUCAACAUUCAUUACUAGCAGGUCAGGUGCUGCUCUGGCAUGUUUUGAACCCAGCACUUUUGUUUGACGUCACACAGGAGCGGCACGUGAGGGAAAAUAAUGAUUCUCAAUCAUGGAAAUCAUUGAAAUCGAAAUUCUGCAAAUGGGAGUACUCGUCACGUAAGUAGUUGUACAUUAUAAAAAACCACUCCUACACCAGGUCCCCGCAUGCUGCUGGAGUGUAUGUGGCGUUACUACGAGCUGAUUGGUGACCAGAAGGCGGCGAGUCAGUUGCUCCUCGAGUUGGCGAUGUCGACGGGAAGUGCAGCUAGUGGGCCUCGUUCUCAGAGUGAUUUUUCCAACGCACGAGGAACGUCAACAAGUGCAGGAGGUCUUCUACCGCCAGAAGACCCGUUUCACCUGAGUCUGUUCGAAAAACAGCAGUAUUUGCUGAAGGCUGUGCAGAUGGCAGACCAUAACUCCGGAGCGGCCGUAUUGUGAGGAAAAAUCUCCCCUCCAGCCCAUAUCGAAAAGAAAAUUUGUGAUGCUGAUUUGUGACCACAAAUCAGGUCUGUCUUGCGUAGAAGGCAACUACCGGCGCCCAUGUGGCGCAUUGUGCAGCGAGUCUGUCAUACGUUUUUGCCUAUGUCAGACUUGUUUCUCAUGCUCAGCUGGUAGCCGGAUGCAUAGUACAACGCAAAUGGGCUUAUAAUAUGGCGCCAAGCUGCCCUUGCGGCAAUACAAAGUUCAUUUGUGAUGUACACGAAUCCAGCAACACAAAUCGUCUUUUGAAUAUGCUGGGGUCGUGGGGGCUUUUUUGACUUUGAUAGGGCGCCGACCAACUUCUAGCCGCGAAAUCGCGAAGUACAACAACCGUGCCGCAGUUGCACCCAUAUCAACUGUAAAAAUGUCUGGGUCUGGAAGAAUGCAACUUGUGAUGCUGCGUUUCGAUGACUAAAAAAUUUGUGUUGCAUGAGCAGCAAACAGAGUCUAAUUUUUGCUACGCGGAGAGGGCAUUUGUCAUGCGGAAUGGGCAUUAAAAAUACCUCAAAAAACCUGUGAUGCUAGGGCAUGCAUUACAGGCAUCAUGGGUCAUGAGAAAUAUGCAUGACAAAUCUUGCAUUCUUCCAGACCCAGACAUUUUUACAUUUGAUAACCCAGAAGCUUUGGAUGCGUUGCGGAGGCAACUUUGGUCGACGGAAGCCGUGCAAAUGCCCCUGAUCGAUGAAUUGGUUCGCUUGAAUCCAAACUCCUAUCAAAUGCAAAUAUGUGGUCUGGGUCUGGAAGGAUGCAAGGUUUGUCAUGCACAUUUUGCAUGCGUCCUGAUCGAUCUGUGAUGCAUGCCCUGGCAUCACAGAUUUUGUGAGGGCUUUCUGAUGCCUACACCGCAUGAGAAAUGCCCUCCCCGUGUAGCACAAACUGGACUCCUCCUGCUGGUGAUGCAAUACAGAUUUUUUUGGAAUCCAAAGGCAGCAUCACAGGUUACCACCUUCCAGACCCAGACAUAUUUGCAAUGCAUAACUCCAGGCUGAACGCGAAUCUGGCGUUCAACCAACCUUUCCAGCAGAUGUUGAAGCGCAACCUGUCGACACAGUCCCGCGCGAAAAUCAGCCACUACCUGAAGCAACAAACGCUGACGAACCAGGUGGGCUGCGACAUCGAAGCCCUGCUGGAAAUUGCCCACGACCUGCAGCUAUCAUCGAUACAAAAGUUGUAAUGUCACACUCGUACUAAGAAUCUUCAAAAUUAUCGCAACCACGCAUGACAGAUCUCUUCUCUAAAGGUAAAUCAGCAUUACUUCCUUUAAGAUCCUGAGUAAAAAUUUGCGAGGCCGCGGUAGUAUUGCUAGUACAACGAUAUUAGUUACUUUUGCACUGCAUAGCGGUUCCCGCACCUGCUGAUUUCCCAGACCAACGACAGCUACUCCGCCAAACCGAUUAUCGAAUUUGACAACGACCGGCAGUUCGCGUACUACUGCCUGCUCUAUUUCCCGAACCCGAGUUGCAUCUACGGGGAGAUUCCCUUACCGUUUUCCUUUUUUCAACGGGGCGUGUCCAGUCCCUGCAGCGACCUCCAGUCGGGCGAAACCAGGUCCCAGCUGAUUCGAAACAUGCGGGCGUUCCUAGAGCUCACCAUAGGCGACGGCCGGAGUUCGAGUUCCUCUGCUGCUGCUGCGCAGAGCGGGUCCUCGAGCGCGAGCUACCUGCGGAGGAACGACGGCCUGGCGAAUAACGUGUUAGUGCUUUUGGAAUGCGUGAACUGCGUGCUGCACAGCGACUACUUCCACCACUGCUUCCUAGGUUGUAACAGGCAUAUUAAAACAAGUAGCAAGGAACAAGACGAGGUGGACCCGAGCACGACCAGCGCGUUCUGGGUGUACGAGCUCUUCAUCGACUCGCUCGGGUUUGACGACAUUUGGCUGAUUCGUACUUACACCGGGUUUAUCGAGCAGGCGGAGGAGAUCGGCCCCGACUUUUUUGACUUUCUGUCCCGCCUGAAGUUCCCCGGGUUUGGGGAGAUUACGGAGGCGCCAGAGCAGGCGGCGAGCGGACCUAUGUUGCUGUCGAACACGAACCCCGCCCGGAAGCUGUUGUGGAGCGCGCUCGGCCUGGUGCUGAAAGACCACGAGGGGCGCGAAAUCAAGCGUCACAUGACCAAACUAACCCUGGCGAUUGCCUCCUCCUGGCUCGGGAAAGCACAGAAACACUGCCACAGCCGCCCACUGUUCGCGCCCUUCCGGCAGAAUUUUCCGGAAUUCAUGGACGACCUGAACCGGCUGCAUGCGGUUUUCGACCGUCAGGCGCACCAGGAUCACGCUGGACAUAUGAUGCAGGACGACGACGACUACGAGGAGAUGCGGGGACAGCAAGAACAACCCGUUUUGCAGCAGCAGCAGUUUCAUAGUAUCGACCCAGAGGCGCAGCAGUUCGCUCUAUCAACUGUAAAAAUGUCUCAGUCUGGAAGAUUCUGGGGCUUGUCGCGCAUGCUUUGCAUGACCCAGGAUUGUGUGUGAUGCAUGCCCUACCAUCACAGACUUUUAGAACCCUUCCUGAUGCCUACUCCGCACGACAAAGACCCUUCCGGGGUGGCACAAGAAACUAGGCUUCUCUUACUGGUCACGCAAUACAGAUCUUUUGAGAGUCCAAAGUUAGCAUCACAAGUUGCAACCUUCCAGACCCAGACACUUUUGCACUUGAUACGCUCGAGAAAUUCACAAAUUGAAGCACGACGCAGGCAGACUGGUUGAGCGCGCGGAAUACUAUGAGUGAUGUGAAUAGGUUAGUAGAUUCUUGUAUUGGUGCAGCAUCAUGGGUAAGUAAGUACUUCUUACAACUGUCCAGAGUCAAUCGCUUGGUUCUUCUCUUACGUUGAGCUUGAGUGUUUUGAUUUGGUACAAGUAGGUACUUACGUAGUAGUUUUACCGCCACCCUUUUGGUGGUGUGGAACUUCUGCAGCUCUUCGCAGAGGUUUUCAUAGGGUAAAAGGUAGUGGUCCGGCUAUCAAACAAACCGCCCCCUCCGCGCGGAGGGGCCUGUUUCUUUCUGGGCCGCCAGCGGCGGAAGAAGAAACCGAAAAUAAGAAAUCGACCCCUCCGCGCGGAGGGGUCGACUUCUUAUUUUCGGAACGGCGCGCGCCGAAGAAUUUUUUUGUUGUUGCAUCCAGCACUGGCCUCGGAAACAAGUCGUGGGCCACGCCUCCGCGCGGAGGCGAGGAUUUCUUGUUUUCCCAGUGCGGAGCAAGAGCAACGACAACGGCGGGCCAUUCCUGAGGAGGUGGGCGCCGCGGUUGUCUGGUUCCUUCCUUAUGGGGCAUAGUGCGCGCGCAUUGGCGCCGUGUGGCUGCGCUCCUUAAGGCGCAUGUAGCGUGGUGCGUGCGUUGUUACGGGCCUUUUGUCCGAGGGUAGCGCCUGUCGUGCAGGCGCCGCUGCAUGGGAUUCCGCUCCUGAUCUCGGUGGCGACUCGCGAGGGGCUAAGGGUAUGAGCAUGCAUGGGACACCGGCGCCACGACAAAGCCAACCAACGGGCCGGGUCUUUGUUUGAGGCGCGCCACGUUUCGCCCUACCUUUUUUCGUUGUGUUGUUUCUGGAAAAUCAAAACUCAUAGUCAUGCGGCAACUUUUUGCGCCCGGCGGUGUAGGGGCCGACCUUCGUUGGAGUGAACUCUGCAGUAGUGGCGCCCGGCUUUCUUACAAACUGCCGGACGCCUUGUGCGAUCGAUCGGCGACGCACGACUCUCCCCUGCCCUCGCCAAGGCAGCCGCAGUUUCUCUGGCGCCGGGCAAUCUGCUUAAAUUAUUGAAGUAUCUGCUUCUACUACCUGAUACACAGUAGGUACUUACGUAGUAGUUUUACCGCCACCCUUUUGGUGGUGUGGAAAUUGUGCAGCUCUUCGCAGAGGUUUUCAUACAGAUGAGCAAACAGUACAUAGUCUUUUACUUCUACCUCGCAGCGCCGCGAGCACAGGCGUGAUCUAUUUGUGUUUGGUACUAACUUCUUCAUCCGGUUCGGGGUUGUUGUACUUAAGCGCCUAUAGGUAGAAGUACUUCCUUCCAUACUCUCACCAAUUUUUUUUCUCACCACAAAAACCAAUGACCAUGUACUGUAGUUGUGCCAUGGUCUUGUUUCUAGACAAAUCACCACAAAAAUCAAUGAAUGCAGACGAGUGUUGAGUCCUCCCUCUCAUUUCCAAGAAGAGCGGUCGACAGAAUAACGACAGGAAUGGCGGGCUACUUAUCGCUUUCAUCACAAGGAACUCCGAGUCCGACGAGCGCGUUGCAAGCAAGAGAAAGGGCAGAAAUUUUCUGCAUCGACUUCAUUUUGAGAUUACAGCGAAGCACAGAGACAGAACUUCAUGAGACAGCUGAGCAUCCGGCCACUGUUGUUCUAGGCUCAACAAAACGGUAGCUACUGCGUAUAAGUAAAAACUUAUCUACUUCCCCUGUAGUUGGCAG